CAUCACGGUUUUACUGUGCUGCGUUGAUUAUUAUCUCUUCAACACUGACAAUACACCUGGCGUCUGUAUUUCUGUGCUAAACAGAGAAGUAUUUUUCAGCAACAAGCUUUAAGAGACCAGAACACAAGUUGAAACCAGAACAUUGUCCUUCCUCUGGAGUCCUUGGAGAACGACACCAUGGCCCACCCCCAGGAACCGACAGUUAUGGGUAGCAACCAGGAUGAAAUGAGCGUGAGCCUACAGGCCAUCUCCCAACAGCUUGAGACCCUGCGUCACCAAAUUCACAACUGUGAAAAUGUGGAGGAAAAAGCUUCAAAGAAAAAAUGUGACUACCUUCUUAAAGAAGCAAGGAAGCUCAGCAAAAAGGUCCACAAAUACAGCACUGUUGAGGCUUUGUAUAAAAAAACAAAAGCUUCAAAUGAGGCGAUGGACCUGCAGCGUCAAACUCUGCAACAAACGGUUAGAGAUCUCAAAAACCGGCUACACAACUUUGAUGAAGUGAAAGAAGAAUAUGAGGUCGUGAGACAAGAGCACGAGGAGCUACAGAGUGAGAUUCACUACCUGCAGAACGACCUCCAAAAUGAGACUAGUGUGGACACAAUGUGUGCUGCAUUAAAACGGCAGACAGAGGCAAUGAGCCAGCAAAACACCGCCCUGCAAAGCCAGCUCCUGGAGCUCAAGGAGAGGCAUCGGCAAUCCUACAACGAUGCAAAAGCUGAGAAAGAGGCGAUUAGCCAGCAGAAUGAGGCUUUGCGACAUCAGAUUCAGGAGAUGCACAACAAUAUCCAGAAUGAUAACAAUUUGGAGGAAGAGAUAGAGGCAGUCAAGGUAUUAAAUGAACACAUGAGCUGUGAAAACAAUGCCUUGCUCCAGGAAUUCCAGUCUCUCAAAAGUAAAUCGGACAAUUUAAACAUCUGGCGUGACAUGUACAAGGAAACAUUGGUCCACAUGGACGUUUUGAAGAAAGACAACGAUAGUUUGAAACAGCAAAUCCAAGUCGUAAACGACCAGCUCGGGAUUAAAAGACAUUUAAAGAACAAUUACGUAAAACUGGAAGCUGAAGAGAAAGUUCUGCAGGCCCAAAACCGAGCCCUGGGUAAAACCCAUUCUAAUGUUUUUAAAAAGCUUCUGAAUGAAGAAGACUGGAAGCACAAAUAUGAAGAUCUGAAACAACAGACAGACGACUUGAUGCUCCAGAACAACAAAGCCACUGAGGAAAUCCAAAACUUCAAUGACAACCUCAUAGUUUUGAAUGCCUUUAAGGUGAAUUAUAAAGCCCUGAAGGCAGAGAAAAUAGUUCUCACGAACCAGAAGAACACUCUGCAGAAAGAACUCCAGAAGCUGGAGAAAAAGUUUUCUGAAGAAGAAACUCUGGAGGAACGAAAUAACAAGUUGAAGUCAGAGAACGAAGCAGUGAGCCAAGAAAACAGCGCUCUGCAGCUUAAAGUUCAGGAGCUCGGCAACACACUCCGAGGUGAGAGCGUUUGGGCCAACACAUACAGUUCCCUGAAAGUGGAGAAAAACACCUUGAACCGGAUGAAUAAGGCCCUUCAGAAAGAACUACAGAAGAUUAAUAAAAAGGCGGACAACGAAAAAGCUUUGAAGUGUACGGCGAGGAGGUUGAAGAUGGAAAACAACCGCAGCCAACAGGACUCCCUGAAAGAACCACUCCUCAGCUCCCAGAUGUGAUACUGUGGGGUCAUAUUUUGGUAGUAUGGAGUCCCCCUGUCCCCCUAUGCUGGCGAAUAUUACUAAAACCUUUAUUAGUCCAUGCAGUGAUUGCAUGGGUUUACUCCGGGUGAUCCGGUUACCGCCAGCAUCUAUUUUUUCAAUUUGACCAUUCAUUAAUAAAUGUUAAUUAAUGAUAACAAUAAACAGUUGUAGUAUUGAUGUCAUUAUCUUCAUACUUAGUGACAAUUUUCUGUUUGUGGGUUUUGGAGUUUAAAUUAGUCAAAUGAAUAAUAAUAAUGCAUUAAUGUUAUUGGAGUUUUGCGUUGGUUUUUAAUAAGGUUAGAAGUAAAAGGAAAACCAUAUCUAAAGGGGAAAAGGUUUUAUUUUGAAAUCAAGAUCAUAAACUAACAGCUGUGAGGUCUUUGACAUAUUGUUUUGUUCAAAGGAUUCAGUUUUAACAUUGAUGCAUUUUAUGUAUUUCACACACCUGCUUCUUAUUUGGUCUACGUGGCAAUAGACGGCACACCAGCGUUCACUGUUGCAUUUUCAAAUUUGAUUUCCACAAAGCUUUGAGUGAACAAACCUCAGACCACAGUGCGCUGUCUCUUCCAGUCAGACGAGUGAGGCGUAACUCUCACCUUCCAUCUAAGUCUCAGUGUAAACUCUCAUUAAACACCAAUCAUACUCUUUUGUUCUCAGAUUAGGAUGGAACACAAACAAAUUGGAAUAACAAAAUGUAUGUUUGACUGUAUAAAGAAUCUUUAUUACAGUAUUGUAUAUUUAGUUUUUACAGUGAUGGUACGUCCUCCUGUCUGCCACCCGAACAAAAGUCAACAGCAGAUUAACUUGAUAAAGCAUUAGUUUCACUCUGAGCUGCAGUUCCAGAUGUUGCUUGAGUCUAUCUGGUGGCAGCAUACACAACAUUUGGCUCCAGCUGGUUCUCCGAUUCAGGCCUUCUGCUGCUUCUUGCUUUUGGAUAGAAACUGAACGAUGCAUAGUUCAGGGCAUCAGAGCCCAGGUUCU